AUGAUGCGACUCACUGAAGAUAGUGUUCUGCUGUCGCCUCCCCAGUCUCCUUACUCGCGGGAAGUCCAGCUGGCCGAAAAGCCCACCUCUUGUCCCCGAGACACAAACAGCACAAACAACAGCGACGCUCUGGCCAACGCUCUUGCUGUGACUCUCAACUCGCCCGUGCUCAGCCAGAAUGCUCUUUCCAGCAUUCGGGACUCUGCCGAGUGGUCUGAGCGGGUGUUUGCCACCCCUCCUCCUUCCUCUGAGAAGCGAGCCGGAGAGGACUCCCAGCUUCGAGAUGUCAAGCGACCCAAGCUCAUGCGAGAGCCCUCUCUGCAGCAGGUGCCUCGAACGGUCCCCACCUCGGCCCCCAUCACUCUGUCCGGAAACGCCGUGACCUUCAGCUCCAGCAUCUUCACCACCAUUGCCAAGGACCCUGCUGGGUUCCGGCGACGAGAAGACGCGUUCCUGGACUUUUACCAGCGAGCCCCUUCAUCUUCUCUGCGUUCGUACAACAACGCUACCUCUGCUGCCGCAGCUCUGCUUAAGAAGCGGGCCGCCACUACCGCUGCCGCCUCUUCCCGAGCUUCGGGCCGUCGAUCUGAUGACGGAGGAUACUCCAGCACCGGCUCUGUGACUCGAAGCAUGACCUCUCGAGCUGCCACCUCCUCCACCACUCGACCCCAGCGGGUUCUCCCCCAGCGAGUCCGAGAGGUGGCCAACGGAAGCUCUUACAAGGCUCGAUCUUCUUCGCCUGCUCCUGCCUCCUCUCCUCGAGCUACUCCUUCCCCCAAGAAGCGAGUCGUGGCUCCUCCUUCCUCCUCCCCUGCAGUUCCCUCGCGUGUCCAUGACACCGACUACGCUGACCUGCCUGACUACUGUCCCUCCACUGAUAGCCUUCCUACCAGUGGACGACCUCUCAAGGCAGAGUGGAAGGGAGCCCCCAUGGAUCUGUCUGACGAUCCUAUGCUCGACAAGCUGCAUCCUGCCGAGGUCUACCUGGCUAGCUGUCUGCGACUUUCGUGCGACACCUACCUGGACUCCAAGCGACGGCUUUUUGCUGAGAAGGUCCACCGACUCAAGUUUGGCCUGCCCUUCCGACGAACCGAUUCGCAGAAGGCUUGCCGAAUUGACGUCAACAAGGCCUCGCGACUUUUCUCUGCCUACGAGAAGGUUGGCUGGCUGGACGAUGAGCUGUUUAAGAAGUUUUUGUAA